ACUUUAGUCAAAAGAAUUGGGGGACAACCAGACAGGUAUCGCAGUCUCCGCUGCAAGUAAAAACCCCAGCCAGGACCGAAACUCGGAACUGGGUUGCGAAAAAGCACUGAGCCAACUCAGUCGAAGGGAAUAACAGGUGCUGCUAAUCUGCACCGGUCGGAGGGUUAGGGGAAAAUGGCGAAGGUUCCGUUAGGUUGCGAACCGGUGGUCGGUUCGCUAACGCCGUCGAAGAAGCGGGAGUACAGGGUCACCAACAGACUCCAGGAAGGCAAACGCCCAAUUUACGCCGUCGUUUUCAACUUCAUCGACUCGCGUUAUUUCAACGCCUUCGCCACAGCCGGUGGCAAUCGCGUGACUGUGUACCAAUGCCUAGAAGGUGGUGUUAUAGCUGUGCUGCAGUCAUACAUUGAUGAAGAUAAAGAUGAAUCGUUUUACACUGUCAGUUGGGCUUGCAAUACAGACGGAACUCCGUUUUUGGUGGCUGGUGGACUUAAUGGAAUUAUCCGUGUUAUUGAUACUGGCAGUGAGAAGAUAUACAAGAGUUUUGUAGGACAUGGGGAUUCAAUUAAUGAAAUUCGAACUCAGCCACUGAAACCAUCACUUGUUCUAUCAGCAAGCAAAGAUGAAUCUGUGCGCCUGUGGAAUAUUCAUACGGGGAUAUGCAUUUUGAUAUUUGCCGGUGCUGGUGGGCAUCGCAAUGAAGUACUCAGUGUGGACUUCCAUCCUUCCAACAUAUACCACAUAGCAAGCUGUGGAAUGGAUAAUACUGUCAAGAUCUGGUCGAUGAAAGAAUUUUGGACGUACGUAGAGAAAUCUUUUACAUGGACAGAUCUUCCUUCCAAGUUCCCUACGAAAUAUGUGCAGUUUCCAAUAUUUAUUGCAUCGGUACACAACAAUUACGUCGACUGCAAUCGAUGGAUUGGUGAUUUCAUGCUGUCCAAGAGUGUUGAUAAUGAACUUGUACUAUGGGAACCGAAAAUGAAAGAGCAAUCGCCUGGAGAGGGUACAAUUGACAUCCUUCAAAAAUAUCCAGUUCCCGAGUGUGAUAUUUGGUUUAUCAAGUUUUCCUGCGAUUUCCAUAACAAGUUAGCUGCAGUAGGGAAUAGAGAAGGCAAGAUAUAUGUAUGGGAAGUCCAAUCAAAUCCCCCGGUACUCGUAGCUAGAUUAUCUCAUGUUCAGUCAAAAUCUGCCAUUAGAUUGACUGCUAUGUCCUAUGAUGGAAGCACAAUUCUCUGCUGCUGUGAAGACGGGACGAUAUGGAGGUGGGAUGUGGUAGCAAGUUCUUGAGCUUCUAAAACGAUUGAGGUUAUCGUGAAGCAUAUGGCCGGUCAGACGUGGACGGUUAAGGUGCAGAGCACGGAUACAAUAGAGACGUUGAUGAUUUAUAUUGGGCUGCAAAACUGUGUAUCGACAGAACGCCAAAUGUUGUUCUUUAACGGAAAAGAACUUUUUACCGGGACUCUUGCCGAGCACAAUAUUAAGAAUGGCUCCGUCAUCGACUUCAUGAUACUUAUGUGAACCCUAGUUUUUGUGCAUGAUGCAGGCACAAGGAUUGGUUAUUGAUUUAGUUUAGGCUGCGGCUAUAUGCAAGACUAAUUCCACUUGUGCAAGACCAAAUUAAAAAUUUCAAUA